AUGGUCGUUGGUUCAAUCUCAGAAGACUUUUUGAAGGAGCUCGGGGACUAUGAGUGGGUGGUUCCGGAAAGACUGGAUUACCAUGGAGAUUUUCUCAGCUAUGAAGUCACUUCCCCCUGGAGGCGGGACAGAGCAAGGCGGAGUCUGGAGUCGUCUUCCAAUGGGAUCCCUGAAUCACAGCUGUUCUACAGAGUCUCGGCCUAUGGGAAGCUCUUUCAUCUGAACCUAACCCUGAACACCAAUUUAGUCUCGGAGCAUUUCACCGUGGAAUACUGGGAUGGGCAGGGUCUGGAGUGGCGCCAUGGUUACGUGGAGGAUUGUCAUUAUGUAGGCCACAUACACAGCCAGAACAUGGAGUCUACAGUAGCAAUAAGUAAUUGCAAUGGGCUGCGUGGUGUGAUUGUGACUUCAGAUGAGGAGUACUUCAUUGAACCGGCCCAGAACAGCUCCACAUUGACUCCUAGUGCCCACCACCAUGUGCUGUACAGGCGUUCAGCAGUUCAGCAGCUGCAGCGCAGGGUAGAGAUGCGCUGUGGGGUCACAGAUGACUAUGUUGGCAGCUCCAGGCCGUGGUGGCUGCAGAAUGCCCCCAGUCACACUACCCCCCGCUGGCGGGAGUCUAGAGCACAGGCUGAACGAGGCCGGCGGUCCAUCAGCACGGAGCGCUUUGUGGAGACUAUGGUUGUGGCUGACAAGAUGAUGGUGGGAUAUCACGGCCGAGGGGAUAUUGAGCACUACCUACUCACCAUCAUGAAUGUUGUUGCCAAACUCUACCAUGAUGCCAGUAUUGGCAAUGCUAUUCACAUUGUGGUGACUAGACUGGUGCUACUGACAGAAGACCAGCCAAACCUGGAGAUCAACCACCAUGCUGAUAAAUCCCUGGACAGCUUCUGUAAGUGGCAAAAGACACUGAACACGCAGAGCCAGGACAGUAAAGCCAGCGGGAUCCCCCACCAUGACAACGCUGUGCUUGUCACCCGCUACGACAUCUGCACCUACAAGAACAAGCCAUGCGGGACCCUGGGGCUGGCCCCAGUCUCAGGGAUGUGUGAGCCAGAGCGGAGCUGCAGCAUUAACGAGGAUAUUGGCUUGGCUUCUGCCUUCACCAUCGCGCACGAGGUCGGGCACAAUUUUGGGAUGAACCACGACGGGGCAGGAAACCCCUGUGGAACCAAAGAUAAUGAGUCGGCCAGGAUCAUGGCAGCCCAGCUGGCAUCCAACACCGACCCCUUUGCCUGGUCUGCCUGCAGCCGUAAAUACAUCACACGCUUCUUAGACUCAGGUCGUGGUGACUGUUUGAAGAACUCUCCCCCGAAGCGAGUCUUUGCGUACCCCACCUCUCUCCCUGGACAGCAGCAUGAUGCAGACGAGCAGUGCAGAUUCCAGUAUGGCAGCGCCUCCCGUCAGUGCAACUACGGGGAAGUGUGUAGAGAGCUCUGGUGCAUUAGCAAGAACAACCGCUGCAUCACCAACAGCAUCCCAGCUGCAGAGGGGACUGUGUGCCAGACCAGCACCAUCGACCAGGGGUGGUGUUACCAGGGACUGUGUGUGCUGCUGGGGACUCAGCCCAAUCAGGUGGAUGGAUUGUGGGGUCCCUGGUCCUCUUGGGGACAGUGCAGUCGGACGUGUGGUGGAGGAGUUGCCUUAUCCUACAGGCGAUGUGACAGCCCAGUUCCCUCACAUGGAGGUAAAUUUUGCUUGGGAGAGAGAAAACGCUACAGAUCCUGCAAUGUGGAGGACUGUCCAGACAAUUCAGUGGAUUUCCGUGAAAAACAAUGUUCUGACUUUGAUCAGCGGCCCUUCAGAGGGAAAUACUACACCUGGAAGGCGUACACUGGUGGUCAGAUGAAAGCAUGCUCAUUAAACUGCAUUGCGGAAGGUUAUAACUUCUACACAGAGCGUGCUCCGGCUGUGAUUGACGGGACUCCUUGUUACUCUGACUCCACUGACGUCUGCAUCAAUGGUGAAUGCAGAAGAGUGGGGUGUGACCGGCAGCUGGGCUCUGAGAUGGUGGAGGAUGAGUGCCGGGUGUGUGGAGGAGACGGAAGCUUGUGCGAGAGAGUGCAAGGAGAGUUCAAUGUCACGUUGCCACGUGGAGCUUACCAGGAGGUGGUCUUGAUCCCAAAAGGAGCCAUCCAUAUCAAAGUCUCAGAAGUUGUUGUGUCCAAAAACUACCUUGCGUUGAAAUCCAUAGGAGGAGAUUUCUACAUCAAUGGGGGCUGGACAAUCGACUGGCCCAGGAAAUUCACUCUGGCCGGGACUACUUUCAACUACAAGAGGCCGGUAGACGAGCCAGAGUCCUUGGAAGCCCUUGGACCAACCACAGAAUUCGUGGUUGUCAUGGUGCUGCUACAGGAGCCCAAUCAGAGGAUUCAGUUCAGCUUCAACGUGCCGGUGUCUCGCUCAGGGAGUGGAGAGGCAGAGGACGUGGCUUUCACCUGGCAAUUCACACCCUGGACAGAAUGCUCCACUACCUGUGCUGGAGGGACCCAGAAGCAGGAAGUCGUCUGCUGGAAGUUAGAUGAUGGCUCCCUGGUCCACAGCAGUUACUGUGAUCCUACUAUAAAACCUCUAGGCCAGCAAAGGCGCUGCAGUGAGGAACCCUGUCCGGCUGAGUGGUUUAUCGGGGAGUGGGGAGAGUGCAGCCGGAGCUGUGGGGGAGGGGAGCACUCUCGGGUGGUGCUGUGUGUCAGGAGGCUGGGCCCAGUGGAAGAGGAGACUCUAGAGGAGAGGCAGUGCCUCACCAAGCAGCCCAGAGACAGGGAGGUCUGCUCCACACAGGACUGCCCCCAGCGCUGGGUCACACAUGACUGGUCUGAGUGCAACCCGUCAUGUGGCCCUGGGUUCAAGCACAGGAUCGUUGAGUGCAAAAGCAGUGACCUGAACAGGACCUUCCCUGCAUCUCGCUGCGCUGAGGAGAUGAAGCCUCCGGUUAGCAUGCGCUGCAACCUGGGCCGCUGCCCUCCUCCGCGAUGGCUCGCUGGGGCAUGGGGGCCGUGUUCAGCACAGUGCGGUCAAGGACAGCAGCUGCGAACAGUCCAAUGUCUGAUGCACAGCGGCCAGCUAACAGACAAGUGUGAGGAUUCUCUGCGGCCAGCCCCUACCCAGCAGUGUGUGUCCAAGUGUGACCUCAGCCCCAGCAUCCACACUGAAGACUGCAAAGAUGUCAACAAAGUUGCUUACUGCCCCCUGGUCUUAAAAUUCAAAUUCUGCAACAGAGCGUACUUCAGACAGAUGUGCUGCAAGACAUGUCAGACACAUUGAAAAACAGAAUCCAUUUUACAGCAAACAGUGCCACCUAGCAGAGUGGAGGAAUCAAAAUCCCCAUCCAAUAUGCUGGGAUUCUGGAUCAUGAUGUCCAGCCAACAGGGAAAUUCUAAUGAUUGUAUUAUCGGUACACAGUGAGAAAGUAGAAAAAACCCUUGUCUGCAAUAAUGAAAAUGAAUGUUGUCACGCGACAUACCAUGUGAUCCACUAGGGCUGUACAAGAUGUAAGAGUUGAACUAUUCAGCAACAAUCAUAAAAAAGCAGAACAUUUUUUUGUGAAUUCAGUGGCUGUAUUGACCAAUAUGUCUAUUAAGCGCCACAGCUAAUGCAAUGCACCAUGUGGAAUCUCCAGCAAAGACUGGUAACUUCGCACCGCUAGGAUGCAAACCUGCCCUUACAUUAUACAUUAGCACAUACUGUUAGAGAUGUUAGUUUACAGUCCUCUUUUACCUAGUUUGCAAUGAAUUGGGAGUUUUAAACAGCUGAUUAUUUUUUUGUUUUAUUAGGUGUAACUGGUCCUGAAAUGUUGCUGUUACAACUAUAUAGUACAUUUGUCCAUACUGCAUGAUGUGCAUAAAUAAUAUGUAACUUGGAACAUGUGAGGGUUAAGGGAAUGUCCAUUAGAAUGGUUAAUGAUGGUAUAGGUCCAUAGGUCUAAUGGUAGUGAACACCUGUCUAUGCUCAUCACUCAUAACAUUUCUGUAAAUAUUUGAGUCAAAGAAUCAACCACUAUUUAAAAAAUGAACAAAAGUAGUGUUUGUUAACCCUGACUGUAAAAUGCAGAUUCAUGUCUAGCAUGAAACACCAUUACCACUAACACCAUUGCAGACACAUCAGUCACUCACUGUUUGGUAUUAGUAGAUUGACUAUUGGCAAAGCCUAUUGGUGAAUAAGGCAGCUAUAACACAGCACAAUAAUAUAUUAUUUUGAUAUUAAAUGUACAGAUAUUAAUGUACAUAUUAGUACUUUCUUCUCUAAAAAAUAUGUAUUUCAUUAUUGACUGUGGUUUCCAGUGUAGAAUACAGCACAUGUAUGGUUUGUUAAUGAAUAUCCCUUAUUUAUUAAAACUGAAUUUCCAACACAGUAGACCAUGUUUCUUUCAGCUCUGUUAGAACUCAUUGCCAGACAUUGCUUCACUGUUCUCUUAAACCAUCAGAGGUGCAGUAAAAGUAGCUUUGUAUCCUUGCAUUUUCCAUGACCAAAGUAUGAUGCUUUGUUGUACCAAGGGACAUUUAAAUCAAUUAUCUUCUUUUUAGUUUAUACAACCUUAUCCUUGUCCCCCCUUUAAUUCUGAUGUAUUUUUCAUUAAAUCUGAAGAUUUAAAAACUGUAUUCUGUUGCUGCCUGGUAGCUAUAACUUCCUGUGUUGUAGGUCAUGUGGUCAGAUUACAUCGACCACUGGACAAAAUUAAUAUACAGCACAGUAAGGGAUUAGGUACCAGGAAGCUACAGCAUUUUUGGUUUCAGUGUGUAUUUGGAAUAUCUGCAUGUGCCAAAUUAAAAGUAAAUAAAUAAAUAAAUAAAAAAAAGUGGACAAGCACUAAUGUUGUUGAGUUGAUUUGAUAAUCCACAGAGCACUUUGCAGCAAUGGGGAAUCAGCUUGGAUUGCAUAAAGAGCCCAGCUCUGCCGGGAUAGCGAGCGACAGGGGCUUGAUGAAAUCCAGGGGGAU